UUAUUUUCGGCUUCAAUGUCUUCAGGUGUUGAGAGGGGAGUAGGAGCAGGUGGAUCACCGGACGGAGCGGCGGCGGGUCCCCUUCGGCUUAGCGGAGCUGUCAUGCUGCCCAAAGUCGAGUCAGACUCUCUGGGACUCGCUCGGUCGCAUGGAGAACAGGGCCACAUGCCUGGAAAUAUGCAAGCUCCCCAGUUUAAAAUGAUGGACUAUUCCUACGACGAAGACUUGGACGAGAUGUGUCCCGUGUGCGGAGACAAGGUGUCCGGAUAUCACUACGGUUUGCUCACCUGUGAGAGCUGCAAGGGCUUCUUCAAGCGCACGGUGCAAAACAACAAACGCUACACGUGUAUCGAGAACCAGAGCUGUCAGAUAGACAAAACCCAGCGCAAACGCUGCCCCUACUGCCGCUUCCAGAAGUGCCUGAACGUCGGCAUGAAGCUGGAAGCUGUGAGGGCUGACCGCAUGCGAGGAGGCCGCAACAAGUUUGGCCCCAUGUACAAGCGUGACCGAGCGCUGAAGCAGCAGAAGAAGGCCCUAAUACGAGCUAACGGCCUGAAGCUGGAGGCCAUGACGCAAGCCAUGCAGACAGUGCCGGCCGACCUCACCAUCUCCUCCGCCAUUCAGAACAUUCACUCAGCCUCUAAAGGGCUCCCGCUCAGCCACCAUCACCACCACCACCACCAUCACCACCACAGCUCGUCCAGUGCCGGCCUGCCACCCACAGACUAUGACCGAAGCCCCUUCGUCACCUCCCCGGUCAGUAUGGCCAUGCCCCCCCAUGCCGGAGGCCUGCAGGGCUACCAGGCUUACGGCCACUUCCAGAGCCGCACCAUCAAAUCCGAAUACCCCGACCCCUACACGAGCUCGCCCGAAUCGCUCAUGGGCUACCCCUAUGUAGAGGCAUACACCGGGGGCUCACCGCCCAGCUUCCCCCACCUAGUGGUUGAACUGCUCAAGUGCGAGCCCGACGAGCCCCAGGUGCAGGCCAAGAUCCUGGCCUACCUUCAGCAGGAGCAGGCCAGCCGAGGCAAGCAUGAAAAACUGAACACUUUCGGCCUCAUGUGCAAAAUGGCUGACCAGACGCUCUUUUCCAUCGUGGAGUGGGCCAGGAGCAGCAUCUUUUUCCGUGAACUAAAGGUUGACGACCAAAUGAAGCUGCUGCAGAACUGCUGGAGCGAGCUGCUCAUCCUUGACCACAUUUUCCGGCAGGUGAUGCACGCCAAAGAGGGCUCCAUCCUGCUGGUUACAGGGCAACAGGUGGAUUAUGCCCUAAUUGCCUCCCAAGCUGGGGCUACACUCAACAACCUCCUGAGUCACGCUCAGGAGCUGGUGAGCAAACUGCGCUCCCUCCAGCUGGACCAGAGGGAGUUUGUCUGCCUCAAGUUCCUGGUGCUGUUCAGCUUGGACGUCAAAAACCUGGAGAACUUCCACCUGGUGGAGAGUGUCCAGGAGCAGGUCAACGCCGCACUGCUGGACUACGUGAUGUGCAACUAUCCUCAGCAGACAGACAAGUUUGGUCAGCUGCUUCUGCGGCUGCCUGAAAUCCGGGCUAUAAGUCUGCAGGCCGAGGAGUACCUCUACUACAAGCACCUAAACGGAGACGUGCCCUGCAACAACCUGCUCAUCGAGAUGCUGCAUGCCAAACGUGCUUAAACUUUAAAAACCAAGCAUUUUUUUUCCACUCUCCAGACUCGACGUGCCGCACACACUCGCUAGCAGCAGCAGCAGCACCCUUCCCGUCCAGCAUCAUCACCAACCAUAGCCUUCAAACGCAGACAGAUGCCCGCACACAGUGACUCACUCGACUCGACUCUGUGGCAUCUUCACAACAGCGUGCAUGGUUCAUGAAGAUUCCAUUGAAUACUUUGGGCCAAAAAAAAUAAGCGCUAAGGGAGAAAACAAACACUUGAAAAUGACUCACUUGAACUUCGGCUCACUUGUUUCUCUGUGAUCAGAGAGAAAGCAAAACGAAAGAGUGAUGUAAUUAACUUCUCAUCUCCUGGUACACUUCUGACAAACUGCAAGCAUCAUCACCUGUUUUUUGAGCAGACAAACUUAAGAUAAACAUCUUAAACUAUCUCCCUUUCAUUAAGACUGAACUGGACAGGAUAAGAUGACCACAGGCAUCUUCUCCUCCAAGACUUAUUUAAACUGCUUUGUUAGUGUUGGACCUGUAUUUUAAUGAACACUCAGCCGAACUGCUCUUUCAUGUCUGUUUUAAGGCACGCACGUCACAGUAGAGCUCGAGUUGCAGAAUGGGGUGAGCUGGAUCAGCUGCCAUUUUGCCAUGCCCACAACUGUGCCACCCACAGAGACCUGUACGCAGCCAAACAAGUCAUGCAUAAAAAUAAGACAAAACACUGAUAAAUAGUAUGUAUCUUUUAAAAUUACUUCUUCCUCUUACUUAAGAGGCUAACACAUGCCAGUCUCC